CCGAUUUGAUGUUGCCAUUUUUAAUUUUUUCAUAAAUUUGUGACAAUGUCUAAAAUUCUGUGUUCACUUUGUCAUGAUAGGGUACUGAGGUCAGAUUCAUAAGAGAAAAUUAGUUUAAACUAUUGUAGCAAAAUAAUUUUUCCACAUUUUAAUCUUUUUACAUGCUGUAUUCAGUUCCCACUACCCCAAGCCCCCAAACCAGCCAUUGAUUUCCACAUGCAUUUUCAUGUUUUUCUAAUUAUUAAGAGGCUCAGAUCCACUCAAAAAUGAAGCUAAAUGGAACCCCACCCUAAACGAAGACUACACUCCUCCUGUCCUUUGAACAUGUAGCUUCAUCAUUCAGCACCCAUCAGGCACCGCGCACCUGAAACACGCAGCUGCGACCAUCCCACCCUCUCUCUUUCUCUCUCACUCACCUGUUUGAACGUUGGUGUAUUGAUACAUCAGCGUUAUGUGUGAAAGUGAAUGUGCGGGAUGUUCGGACCCCAAUCCUCUUAGCAGCAUUAUGCUGAGCUGCGUUCAAGCCCUGACAUGCGGUGCGCCCUUGUAGCUCCCCAAAACUCGGAGUCAGCAUCUCUGCGUUCAUUACGCACAGCUGGAGCGACUGAAGGGAGCAGCCGGAGGUACAGUCCCUCCACAGGUUGAAGCAUGAAACAGACUCUGUUUGUCUCCUCCUCACCUGCACUCGUCACUCCUGGAACUAUCAGGGAAUGCAUCUGACAUAACUUCCUGCUAGGUGUCAAGAUUGGAGCUGGGAAAUUAAUCAACUUCAAGCGGGAUUAAAUCAAGAUCAAACGAUGACUGCAUGCCAUGCGGUAAAUGGAGCGCACCUUCCUUUUCUUUUCCAGCACAUCUUGUGCUCUGCCCCUCCCACCAAAACAGCUCUUUGAUUUAAGUGAGGAGCAGAUGGAGCCACAGGAUGAGCUUUGGGGAAUUUAAAGAGCAAGAGAGCUGAAGAAGAUGACAAAAAGGGAGCCGUUGAUUAACGUUAAGGGAUAAAACAGUCUCAAUCAUGUGGAUCUGGAUGAGGAACGUUGCUGAAUAACAUGCAGAAUUAGCUACACAGCAGUGGCUUCCUCGCCAGUUUACAUUAAUUAGAGCUGUCAAAUGACAAAAUUUUAAAAUCAUGAUUAAUCUCAGAACUUCUGUUGUCAAGGAGGAUUAAUCACACCCAUUUUAUCACAUAUUUACAUCUCACUAUUUUGCAUUUAGAACCAAUUUUGUGUCAUUUUACUUCUGUCUUGUUCUGAGGGUAUUUGACUUCCUAUUUAGAUAUAGACCUGCUUUAUAGGUAGAUCGAAAAUUAUAGCAUGAGCUUAACUAUGGAAAAGGAUCCUGUUAUGGAUUGAAAAUAAAAUAGGGGAGUUUUUAAAGUGAAUUGAGACAUUAAAGAGCAGCAGUGGUCUUUUUUUACAUCACUGGCUGACAUGGCUUAACCAAGUGUUCUGAAAUGGACAAUAAAUGAUGCAUUUAGUUUUGUUAAUUUGCACACCAUAGAAAAAAUAAGAACAAUACUAGAUCAUUAAAGUAAAGCAUCAUCUCCCUGAUAUAACAAGAGUUAUUCUAGGCAGAAAGCAGGUUGGCUACAAAAUGGAACAGUAACACAGAGGUAUACACCUAAAGGCAUAAAGCAUUUUAGUAAGAUCUGUGUUUUAUUUUUGUCAAAUUAAUGAACUCUUUAACUGCCUUUGGAAUGAUGAUAAUGAUGAUGCUGAUUGUAGAGAACUGGCCGUUUGUUUCAAAGAGAUGGUCCUCUGUAAUCAACAUGUAUUAAGGAAAGUCCAGAAAAAAGGGAAGGUGAAAGCCUCAGUGUAAUGAGAAUGAGAAGAAUUUUAAAAACUCUUGAAAGGUUCUCAUCAGAAAUUGAUUAAUGCUUGUAUUUUCUGUAAAGCGGAUGGAACAGAUGAGUUGCUUUUUUAAGGGGAAAAAUUCCUUGUGGAUUAACAAAAACUUGUGUAAAUAAGUGGGACAGGUAGCCCACUCAGUUUUACAUUACAUGAGAUAUAAAUAACUUGAACUAUAAUCGUUGAACUACUGAAAAAAGCUCAGAACAAAAUCAAAAAUCCAGAGUUGACAGUUUGAUUAAUCGCAGUUUAAAAGAAAAUAAUACACCAAUUGUGGAUCUCAGUUAAUCACGAUUGAUGGUAUUAAUUUUGACAGCUCUAAUUAUCAUUUCAAAUUCAUGCACAAGGUAGUAGCUAUAAUAAUGGUGAUCUUAGUAUCAAUCGAAUGAUCAAAGUGAUGAUUUUUGAGCCACUUUAGUCGAGACCAUGAGGCCGAUGAGCGUGCACUCGCCUCUCAGGAGGAGACUGAGACGUGGCCGCCUUCUCUUCUUCGUCUCAGGUGUGCUGCUGUGUCUUGUCUACACUCUGAGUCUCCGAGAGCGGCGAGCCUCCGCCCAGGUUGAUGAUGAUGAUGCAAUGGAGGUGAAUAUCCGGGAGGUGAAGGUGUCCAAUGGGACGGAGGAGGAGGAGGAGAUGUCUGAGGGCUCCAAACCUCCUCUGGUAUUUGUCGUCAAUAGGACAGUUAUUGAACACUGUAUCUAUGUCGAUCCUCAACCUCCUGAGCCUCCUCCACCUCCAACCACACCUCCUCCUCCUCCUCCUCCUCCUCCUCUCCAGCCCCCCCACAGGAAAGGUGACUACCCAGAGGACCUUUUCUCAGUGGAGCAGCGACAGCGAGGCUGGGUGCUGCUCCAUAUUGUUGGUAUGGUCUACAUGUUUGCAGCUCUGGCCAUUGUCUGUGAUGAGUUCUUCGUCCCCGCUCUGGAGGUCAUCACCGACAGGCUGGAGAUCUCUGAUGACAUCGCUGGGGCAACUUUCAUGGCAGCAGGAGGAUCUGCUCCAGAGCUCUUCACCUCCCUGAUCGGCGUCUUCAUCUCCCACAGCAACGUGGGCAUCGGCACCAUCGUGGGCUCGGCUGUCUUUAACAUCCUGUUUGUGAUCGGGAUGUGUGCCAUCUUCUCGCGGGAGAUGCUGCACCUGACGUGGUGGCCGCUCUUCAGAGAUGUCUCGUUCUACAUCCUGGACCUGGUCAUGCUCAUAGUCUUCUUCCUUGACAACAAGAUCCUGUGGUGGGAGAGCAUCCUGCUGGUGUUGGGCUACAUCAGCUACGUCAGCUUCAUGAAGUUCAACAGUCAGAUCGAGAAGGCGGUAAAGACUCAGAUCAACAAACACAUGAGUAUUGUCAAAGUGUGGAGCGCCGAGGAGCCUGAGAAGGAGAGUGACGCUCCAUCAGCACCUCCUCCUGCUCCUUCUGCUGCUGCACCAAAAGCUGAAGAUAAACCCAAACGAGAGUCUGAGCCCAUCGCUCCACAACACAGCAAACUACUGACAGAGCCAGCUGAGGACAAAGCCAGACUCAGGCAGGUUCGUCCUGUCCUGCAGCGCGGUGGGAGCACAGCGUCCCUUCACAACACAUCCCUGAGGAGCACCAUCUUCCAGCUGAUGAUCCACACACUGGACCCUCUGGGAGAAGAGUCAGACCUUAGAGGGGCUCAGAAAACCCCCGGUCCAAGGAAGUCCAGGAGAGAGACGUCCUUUAAUGGUGAUGUCAGAGGGGAGGGGUCAGUGCAGAGGAAAGCAAAGAACAAAGUGAAACCUUUGAACGACCCAGCUUUGGGUAAAGUGCAGAAAAAAUCUCAUCGGUGCCGCUCUGAAGGUGAUGAUCAAAAGACAGUCGCCGAGCAGUCCAGUGCAGCAGGGGGCGCUGCAGUCGAGCCGUCCACCUCACAGCCUUUAAAGACAGAAGAGACGAGGGAGAAGAAGGACGAGCAGACUGAAGGGUCAAAGGCGGCUGCCGUGGGAUCAGCGGGUGCAGAGGACGGUACUGAGGAUGACAGCGGUGGUGAGGAGAGCAGCACCUCCAGUGAGAGUGAAGAUGACGAUGGAGACAAAGAGGAAGAGGGGAAGGAGGAAGAAGAGGAGAAUGAACCGUUGUCUUUAGAGUGGCCUGAAACCAGACGUAAACAGGCGACCUAUCUGUUCCUGCUGCCCAUCGUGUUCCCGCUGUGGCUCACGCUGCCCGACGUCAGAAACCCAGCAUCAAAGAAAUAUUUCAGCAUGACGUUUAUCGGCUCCAUCCUGUGGAUCGGAGUUUUCUCCUACCUGAUGGUGUGGUGGGCUCAUCAGGUGGGUGAGACGGUGGGGAUCUCAGAGGAAAUCAUGGGUCUGACCAUCCUGGCUGCAGGGACAUCGAUCCCUGACCUGAUCACCAGUGUCAUCGUGGCCCGUAAAGGUCUGGGAGACAUGGCCGUGUCCAGUUCAGUGGGCAGCAACAUCUUUGACAUCACUGUUGGUCUGCCAGUCCCUUGGCUCUUGUACACCUUAUUACACAACGGCGACCCGGUAAAAGUCAGCUCCAAUGGCCUGUUCUGUGCCAUCGUGCUGCUCUUCCUCAUGCUGCUCUUCGUCAUCAUCUCUAUUGCCGUCUGUCGCUGGAAGAUGAGCCGCAUGUUGGGACUCACCAUGUUCGUACUGUACUUUGUGUUCCUGGUUCUCAGCGUCCUGCUGGAAAAUCGCAUCCUCACCUGCCCUGUCUCCAUCUGAGUUGAUAGUUACCUGCCCAAUCUCCACGAGUGGACCGUCAUCUGUUCCACCUCCAUCUGAGUGGACAAUCACCUGCCCUGUCUUCAUCGGAGUGGCCAGACAUCUGUCCUAUCACCAUCUGAGAAGAUGGUCACCUGCCCCGUCUCCGAGGGUUUGGUCUUUAAAUGAACACAUUUAAACUAUGUUUGUCUAGACAGGAUUGAUGCUUUGGCACAAUUUUACCCAGUGGAACAGGCUCAAAGAAAUCCCAAACUUCUGGGUGAAUCUCCAGUAUUCAUGAACUACCUUUCGUACAACUUUGUUCUGUACUAAACCAAACUAGUUUUUGUUCAUGUUCAUUGUAUUAAAGGAUGUUUUUGUGUAAAAUAUUUUAAUCUGUCGACCUAAUCGUCUUUGAGAGAAACAGUAACUGUUUGUGUGUCUCAGGCUGUCUUAACUGUGUGAUAAACACCUUCUGGUGUCAUGUUGUCAGAUGUUUCUGUCAUGUUUAACACUCUUGUUGGACUGAAGUCGAUGCAAACCUGUAUUUUAUUGAUAGGAAAUCUAUCAGUAUAUCAAAUUAAAACUCCAUGCUGCAAUAAAUUAUUUU